CUUGCCCGGUUUCGGUGACCUCCUCGGCAAGAAAAUUGAGAGUUAUUUACGUGCAGCAGAAGAGAGAGGACCGACAAAAUUUCAAAGAGAAUCCUGAAAGAGAGAAUGGAUCGGGAGGAGGAUCGUUUGAAACAAGAGUUGGAGGAAUUGCAGGGACAGCUUCGGAAGAAGCUAAAGUUCGAGGAGGCGGUCUUCACCCUCAAGUCUCUACUCCGACACCGUUACCCCUCUGCAUCUCCCUCUCUCCGCCAAUUGUUUUACUCUCUGAUAUGCCGGGUUGCAACCGUUUUAAAGACGAGAUACACGGCACCCGGUUUCUGGCUCGCGGGAUUGGGGCUUUUUGAGGAGGCUGAAUCCCUGCUCUCUGUUCCUUCUGAGAAGGAGCACUUGAAGGCGUGCAUUGUGCAGGCUAGGGAGCACUUGCACCAAUUAAGUAAUCCUUCCGAGGCUUCAGAAUCAGCACAAAACAUGUCAAGUGGAGGGUAUCUUUUUGAGGGGCAUCUCACAGUGGAUCCUGAGCCACCACAGCCUCAGUGGCUGGUGCAAUCAAACCUCUUGACUACGGCUGCUACACUCUUUGCCGCUGAGUCUUCUCAAGGUCUGGAAGAAAACAACCCCACGACAGAAAAUGCUGCUAGUCUGCUUCAAGAGCUAAUGAGCAGGCUAGGGGAUGUUUUGCCAUUGAUCCCAGAAAAUGAUGCCAUGCCCCGAAUAGCGCCACCUGCCAGUAAGGAAGUUGUUGCAAAGCUUCCAGUCAUUACUGUUACAGAGGAAAUCCUGGCCAAGCUCGGAAAAGAGGCAGAGUGCGCUAUUUGCAAGGAGAACUUGGUUGUUAGCGACAAGAUGCAAGAGUUGCCUUGCAAGCACACAUUCCAUCCUCCCUGUCUAAAGCCAUGGCUGGAUGCUCAUAAUUCUUGUCCAAUUUGUCGCCAUGAGUUACAAACUGAUGAUCAUUCCUAUGAGAGUUGGAAGGAGCGGGAAAAGGAGGCUGAAGAAGAGAGGAAAGGCGCUGCAAAUGCUGUUAGAGGUGGUGAAUACAUGUAUGUCUAAAGUGUUGUACUUGUAGAUGUGGCUUUGUGGUGGUGCUAUUGACUCGCUUGUGUUGGUUAAAUUUCAAACAGUCUAGACCACACGUGGUUAUAGAUUUUAGAAAUAAGUUCUCGUCA